AUGCUGGUUUUGAAUGCCAGGAAACGAAAUUUGAGGUUAGUCGCGACAUGCUUUAGACGAUUUAUCAACUGCAAUUCCUGUGGUGUCCAAUUACAGAGUAAGGAUUCCUCCAGUGUAGGGUUUUAUCUCAAGCCAAAAACUCCAGAAGCAAAGAACUUGAAUAGUUUGGAGGAUGUGCGGUAUUUGCUCUUUAGUCAAGAGCUUCAAUCUGUCAAGGAAGGUGUUCCCGUGGGGUCGUUAGAAGAUUUGAAAAAAGCCAAGUCUAAACCAUUGAUCUGUAAAAGGUGCAGUGAUUCUCUAUAUCUGAACAAAUAUACCAAGGAAGAUUUUCCACGAUUCUCCUUUGAUCAGGUUUUAAAUUAUGUGCCAAAAAAUGGUAACAUUAUCCAUGUAGUGCCACUUCCAGAGUUUCCAUUCCAUGUAUCCAAGAAAGCAUUGCAGGGCGAUGAAUUAACGAGCACAUUGGUUUUGACUAAAGGUGAUCAAUUGGCUAAGGACAAGGCUACAUUGCAAAGGAAGGUCAGUGUGUUUUUUAAAGAUUUCAUGAAAUAUCAUCUUGGGCUAACGUCAAACAAAAUUAUUGCGACUUCUGCAUUGAAGAAAUGGAAUAUCCGUACAGUGUUUUCAAAUAUGAAAGCCUCAAACUAUCUUUUGGGAGAUGCCAAUGUUGGCAAAUCGACUUUGAUAAAUGGAUUAUUGAGGGAGUUUAUGGGCUACAAGGUUGAAGUCGACAGAUCGGGGAAUGUCACGAUGCAGCAGCCUUUGCAGGAUAAACGAUACGAUACACAGAGUUUCCUCAAAGCUCAAAAUGCUGGUGUGUCGCAUAUCCCUAACAUGACAAGAAAUCUUCAGGCCUAUAAGGUAUCGGACAAGGUUAUCUGUGAUCUGCCUGGUUUCACAACAAACCUUCAGGAGAAUGACUUGGAUGAUAUAAUACGCCAUGAAUGGUUAGAGAAAAUACGGAAAACGCAUCAGUUCAAGAGUGAGAAACUGAAGAAGAAAACUUAUAUAUCUCUAAAGGGUACUGAUAAUGGUGGGUGUCUUACCGUUGGUGGAAUAUUCUUUUUAGUACCACCCCCAGGUUCAAUAAAUCAAGUGGUGAAAUACAUACCUGGACCCGAAUAUCAAUUUAGCAAUGUUACGAAAGCCCUUGAAGUGUUUAAAUCCUGCAAUGAGUCUGCGGAUCAUUCUUUAGCCAAGUUCUGUGGAAUUAAGCCUGAAGUUUCAAAACUUGACGCCUAUGAUAGACAUGUUAUCCCACCAUUCCAAGGUAGCAUCGAAAUUGUCUUCAAAGACAUUGGAUAUAUACUGCUUCGGUCCACGGGUAAAUAUAAUUUUACUAGUCCAUAUGAAAUAUGGGCACCAAAGGGCAUUCAAGUCUGUAUUCGAGAGCCCUUGCAUUUGUUGAUCGAAAGUGGGUUCAUGAAAAACGUGGAAUCUAGCGGUACAGAAUCCGCAUGUCCACGUAAAAGGCCACUAGUAAGUUCCACGUACAUCAUGCCUGUCGAAGAGACGAAACCACUGGACAGAAUGAAGGAAAUGUAUUUGCAGCGGACUCAGAAUGAUCUCUCCUCAAGGAGAUUCGCCAACGCUGAUCCUUGGGAAGUGGUUAAGAAUUUACGCGACGAACCGCCAAAUCUGUACUGGCAUUACCAAUGGUAA